AUGUUCCGACUCUUGACUGCGUGCUGGUCUUGUCAAAGGGCCACAGAAGAAAAACAAAGGAAUGUGACUAUCAUUGUCAUUGGCUUGGAAAACUCUGGCAAAAGUCAUCUUGUAGAGGCCUUUCAAAGAUUAAUUCCUAGCAAGAUGCACAGCGAUAUGAAACCAACACAGACUAGACUUCUACUCGAUGAUUAUCAAGUAUCUGUCUAUGACCUAACUGGAGACCUGAAGGGCCGAGAAAUAUGGCCAAGCUACUAUGCUGAGGCACAUGGGCUUGUUUUUGUCGUGGAUUCUAGCGAUAUAGGACGCAUACAUGAAGUGAAGAUCAUCUUAACACACAUAAUGUUUGAUAAAAGGAUAUCGGGAAAGCCCAUCUUAAUCCUGGCGAACAAACAAGAUAAGAAGGAUGCCCUCUUGCCUUGUGAUAUCAUUGAGUAUCUAGUUCUGGAAAGGCUAGUGAAUGAGACUAAGUCCAUGUGCCGAGUGGAGCCUUGUUCAACCAUGAAACAUCUUUCAAAGAGGCACCAACAGCCAAUAGUUACAGGGCUGCGCUGGCUAUUAGCUGCCAUUGGAGAUCAAUACGAAGAACUGUAUACUCGACAACAAACAUCCAAUAUAAGCAUUUCAACCUCCAAGAACAUUAUAGGCUAUGGGGAAAGAUACUCAUCAGACAGUUUAGUUAACAGAGUAGACGUGAUCAAAAACAACAGACAUCAUUUUGAGAAAAGACUACACCUGGAGCAUCGCCAGCAGGUUGAGCAAAGACACUUUGAGAAAAGACAGCAAUUUGAUUCAAGACAGCAUUUAAUGCAACGCUCACUGGAUGCUAGGCCUCUAAAGCCAAUCCUACAAAAAGAUGGUCUUCGAAUAAGGCCCAAAAAGAAUGUGUCUGUAACAUUUGCUCUGGAUGUAAUCAUGGAAGAAGGUGAAUGUUCUCAGAAUAUUGGAGCUCAGAAUAUCAUUAAGUCUUGCCAUAGUCAAUGUUAUGAUACACAGACUCCAGCUCCAUCUACUGAUGACAAACUUUUCAAAGCUCGCAGGCCAAAAAAAAGAAUAGAUACCUGGGACACCGAAGAAAUGUUAUUGGAAGAUCUCGUGGAGAAGCCUUUUGUUCCUGUGUAA